AUGCAUUACGAGGCGCCGGCAGUUGUCAAGAAAAAUCAGGCGGGUUCACGACGGGAGGGAGAAUCAUCAACAGCCCGAUCUUCCUUCCCUAACCAGACCCUCUCCUGCGACCACGGGUACAUGGAGUACUUCCUCCCGUGGAGGCCGCGCAAGACGAGCAUCGUCAUGUGGCACAACUCCAGCACGCAGGUAUGGCAGAACCGCUGGGACGGCGGCGAAGGGUACAAGGACAUGUUCCUGCGCCGCGGCUACCCCGUCUUCCUCUGGGACGGCCCACGCGUCGGCCGGGCCAACUGGGCCUGCGAGCCGUAUUACUACGCGCCGUCCUAUCGAGACCGAGGCAACUUCGUAGCGUGGAAUUUUGGGCCGUCGUACCCCAACUUCUGGCCGGGCGUCCAGUUCCCGAUCGAGGACGAGGAAGCGUGGCGCCAAGCCACCAGCUCCCGCUACGUCGAGUUCGAUUCGAACGCGAGCGUGCAUCUAGAAACCCAGGCCGCCGCCGUCGCGGCAGAUUCGGGUAAAGUCGGCGACAGCAUCGUGUACCUCACGAACUCGGCAUCCGGCCUCCGUGCGCAGAUGACGGCCGUCAAGAGCAACUCGACCAACAUAAAGGCCAUAGUCGCAUACGAAAGCUACGGCUGCGUGUUCCCGGACAACUUCAACAUCACAGCCGGCGAGCCGUUCGGGCCCAUGAUUGUGCCCCUCGAAGAUUUCAAGAAGCUUGCCAAGCUCGAGGCUAUCCAAUUCAUAUGGGGGAUCACAGGGAAGAAAGCUUUCCCUUCCUCCGGCAGACGAGACUGGCAGCCAAGCUGA